AAUCCUUCAAUACCGUCAGAAUCAUGCACCUUGCCAUUCUCUCUAAAGUACAAGAAGCGGAUCAGAUGGUGUAUCUCUUUGUACGUGCGACGCAACGAUAAUAACGUGUUACUUUCCAGCCUGCCUAAGGUACCUAAACAAAUCCGAAUAGAUGAAGUUCAGCAGCAAACAGAGAAGAGGGCGCUAAGGAUGACUCAGAAACUACCCGUGAUCCGCCUGGACGGACCUGAUUCGACCCACUCUUACUCUUAUCUCACGUCUUACACCUUUAACAAGGCACGGGAAUGGUGUAAGACCGCGGUAAUCUAGCCGUGAUCCGCACCCAAUAAAGAACGCUAGAAACCCACCGAACGGGUAAUCAUGAGUGAGGCUUCAAAUACCUCUCGUGUUGUAUGUUUCCAGCUCGCCCCCAUUUCUUUCGGUAGUUAGGUGGGUGGGACAUGUACGUACUUAACGGACGACUAGUGAAGACGACAUGUUAUAGGGUCUCGGAGCCUUGCUUUCAGAGUCAUGGCAAGUAAUAAAUCGAGAUGUAUCCGCGGGGUGCUCCGGCGCUGCCGCGGUUUUCUUUAUAAGACACCUGUUCCGGGUCUACAUAGGCGGCUGACUUAAAACUUAUCUGUUCGCCUAUACCACCAACAGAAACAAUAAAAUGUCGAAUAUAGCAAUUGCACAAAGACGCAAGGGAGGACCGAAUGCCCGAAGUCCUCAACACCAUUCCUCAUCUUCCCAUAAUUCCUCCGGAGGAAAGAAUGACUCGCUGGCAAGGACUGGCGGGACCGGAGCCGUAACGGCAGCGGUAGCGGUUAAACCAGAGAAACUAAGUCGGGGAAACAACCACGAUCGGGCAGGAAGGAACCAACACUGCGGUCCACAACUGGAAGCUGCUUCUAUUCUGAAUAAUCCACGGUUACGGCAGGUAACGGGCCUGCCGACCCACAAACUCGCCCGUUGGAAUGGAAUGCGUCCGCCGAGAGACGAACUACUCCGGCUCCGGUGGGCCUUGAGCUUUCCGGACGUAUAUCCGGUCAAACGGCCUAAAGGGAACUUUUGAGUCAAUCAUCCAACUUUGAACACUUGGAAUCGCGGGGCGAGAAAGAAGGAAAAUCCAUAAUGUCACUACUCAAUUUUUCGUUGUCGAACACCCCAUUCUACAUUAAUAUUUGUACGCCAUAGCCAUGUUGUCAG